CAGCUAUUGUUUCAGUGUUGGGGCGUAGGUUAUAUUCUAGGUUCACUUUCAGUAGUUUCUUUUUCUUUGAAAGACAUCAAAGAUGUGGAGCUUUCAGAAACUGCUGUUCAACCUUUGCUCUCUGAACUGUGUGAGCAGUGUUGCAGGUUUGAUCCAUGUGUUUGGAUAUGAGGGCAGAGAUGGGAAGGUUUCCUGCUCAUAUCCUCAUGGUUAUGAGAAUUAUGAGAAGUACUUGUGCAGGAACGAUUGUGAUUACAGUGACAUCCUUAUUACAACAUCACAAAUGAAUAAAAGCAGACACUUCAUCUAUGAUGACAAAAGUGCAAGAAUCUUCACAACAACAAUUUCUAACUUUCUGUCAACCGACGCCGGGAAUUAUUGGUGUGGGGUGAGCAGGAAUGCAAAAGAUAUCUACACUGAAGUAAAACUAGAAAUAAGACAAGACAUGUGCUGCAGUACUGUAAAUAACAUCCAAGGUCAUGAGGAAGGUUCAGUGUCCAUCAGCUGUCCGUAUGACUCUGAUUCUGUCAACAACCUGAAGUACAUCUGCAGAGGAAACCGUCCCUCCACAUGUCUACAGCAAGCAGUAAUCACCUCUGACACCGAACAAAAUGGACGACUCACAUUCAAAAGUGACACAAACUCAAGAAUAUUCAAAGUGACCAUUUCCAAACUGACCCUGAAUGAUUCUGGAUUGUACCUCUGUGGUGUGCAAAAAAUCACACAAGAGGAUGUUUUCUCUGCUGUUGAGCUGAAAGUCAAGGAAUGGUGCUGUUUAAAGUCACACCAAAUUAGAGGAAAUGUGGGGCGUCCAAUAACUUUGCAGUGCCCUUAUCCACCUCAACACCGAAAUAACAGGAAGUUCGUCUGCAAAGGAAGCCAACGCAGCGGCUGCAGUGACAUAAUGAUAGGUCAAAGCAGAUUCUCACUGCACAAUGUCUCCUUUGAGUCCUUCUCAGUUACAAUCACACAGCUAGAAGAAGAAGAUGCUGGGACGUACUGGUGCCGUUCAGACCCAGAGUGGACUGUUGGAAAUUAUACCCAGUUUCAUCUGUCUGUAGAAAAGGAACAGAAUGCAGGCACAGAAAAAGAGCUUGAGGAGCUGCCAGCACAUAGAACCACAGCAGUAUAUCAGCACCAGAGCAGCACAGUGAAAACUGUCCAUACACCUACACCACCGGGCUCUAAAGAACUCACUAAAGGGCUUCCAGAUGCUGUUUCCUAUUCGCUUUCUGUAGGACUUCCUGUAGUGCUGCUGCUGAUGCUGACAAUCAUCCUGGUCAAAGUUUACAGGAACAAAUGCCAUAAAGUGAAAGAAACAAAGGUCAUUGCAGACGGAAACAAGCUCGAUUUCACAGAACAGGAUGUGUGGGGUGGAGAAGAUGUGUACCAGAAUCAUGAUGCUGUAGUAAUGAGGUCAAAGCAACAAAAUGCCAGUUACUACGUCGAUGAUGUGAAUGGAGAUGAAGCAGACUACGAAAACUUCACAGCCGCAGAGAGUAUCUACGGUAACCAAUAAACCUGAAAAGAUGAAGAGCAAGUUUGCUUCUACUCAUACAUCGAUAAUCAUUCUUCAUUUUUGGCUGAAAGUUAGAUUUUUCCUUCUUACGAAACAUUGUAUUUGUGAUCCAGAAUUGAUUUUAUACUCUCUCAAGAUAUAUAGCAUUUUUAGUUUAAAUUUGUGUUACUUUUGAAUGCUUCUUUUUCACUGGAAAUUUUUGCAUGGCUUGACUUUAAUGAAGAAGUUCAUUAUUACUCUGUUGUUGAGAACAUAGAAAAAUCCAGACAAAAAAAGUUAUUUGUUGACAACUUGUAAAUAAAGUAAAUAUGUUUUACUGAACGAAUUCAAAUAAAAUGUUUGUUAAUAAUUAGAUCUUAACAAUAUUUAUAUUUCAGAUAUCUAUAAUAAAUAAAUGUAUGACUGUAUUAAUUUAAUAGACUUACAGUUUAUGAUCAUAUACAAUAUGGUUUGAUAAUUUGUUUAAUGCUGCAUAAAUGUGACUCAAAAGUAAAUCCCAGCUGUCACUUCUAGUUUUUGGUAUAAAAACAUGGUACAUUAAUUUAUAGUAAAUAUGAUUUUGUAUUUUAUUUUUUUGUUUGUUUUGUUUUGUUUUAAAAGGAUGUACUUCUUUUUAGAGCAAAGAUGAAGAAAUGCAAAUAAUAAUAAUAAUAAUUUUUUUAAGAGAUAAA